AUGCAGUUACUUUGUAUGCUUGAUUGUUUAACAGCUUCUCGUCCGAAGUCAUCGAAACCUAACACCAUAGUUCUAUGCGGGCUUAGUGGCAGUGGCAAAACUGUUCUUUUCUACCAGCUUCGCAAUGGAUCAUCACAUCAAGAAACUGUGACUUUGAUGGAACAUAACAAUGAUACAUUUGUGCUACACUCGGAGCUGGAAAGGCGUGCAAGCUGCUGCAGAUAUUCUCUUAACUCUUAUGACAGGUACUUGUAUGAUAUUUUGACGAAGGCAACUGUACUGAAGAAAAGGGUUCCUGUUCUGAUAUUCUGCAACAAGGCAGAUAAAGUUACAGCUCACUCAAAGGAGUUCAUCAAGAAGCAGUUGGAGAAAGAAGUAAACAAGCUCCAGGAAUCAAGGAACGCCAUAUCAUCCGCUGACAUCACUGAUGAAGUCCAGCUUGGGGUCCCUGGAGAGGCAUUCAACUUCAGUCAGUGCCCGAGCAAGGUGAUAGUUGCUGAAGGUGCUGGUCUGACUGGCAAUGUUUCGGCAGUCGAGCAAUUCAUCCGCGAGUAUGUGAAGCCAUAG